AUGUCAGAGGAACCUGAUACUCCCUCACCCCCUCGUCAAGCGAAGAAGAAUGCCAUUCGUAAGAUCGACAAAGCUGUCCCUAAAGAGAAAAAGUACAAGAAGAAGAGGAAGAAGGAAAAUCAAGCUGCCAAAGAGCUCAGACAAAGAUAUAGACAACUAGGUCAAGAACUUAGAUUAGCUAGACAACAAGUGAAACAAGAGAGACACGCUGUGAUAAAUUUGGUAGAUGAUGAUCCUGAAGAAGGAGGAAGAGAUGAGAGAAAGAAGGAAGAAAGAGAGGCAGAAGUGGUACCGUUCGAAUGUGUCAUUUGUUCAGAGGAAAUCAUGGAUGUACUUUCAGAAGCGAUCAGUGAGGGGAAAGGUGGUGUAGAUGGUGGGCUGGCUAUUUGGUCUUGUGAUCAGAAAGAUUGUGGUGUAUUAUUCUGUAUAUCUUGCGUUAUUCGGUAUAUCACUGGCGCAAUGGCAAGGACCAAUUGUCCAGCUUGUAGGAGAGAAUGGAACUUGGGGAUGUUGAGAGAUCAGGCUAGAGCUUAUAAUCCUGAUCUUUUGGGUGAAGGUUGA